CCCAGGGGCUUCUCGGGGCGCGGCGCCGCGGAGCGGAGCACGAGGUGGCGGCGGCGGCAGGAGCUCGACGGAGCACAUUCAGAGGAAGAUGGCAGUCAUGAAGAGCGUUGGCAGGGCUGUCAGCCAGCUGCUGCAGAGCUCGGGCUGUGGCUGUGGUGUCUCCGUCGUGCCGGUUCGAUGCAUUGGAGUCUCACCCCGCCAAGUGGCUUCUGAUGCUGCCUUCCACUCGGUGACCUUUGCUGAGACAGAUCAUCCUCGGGUGCUAAUUACAGGUGGUCUUGGCCAGCUUGGGGUAGGACUUGCUAAGCUUCUGAGGAAGCGCUUUGGGAAGAACAAUGUGAUUCUGUCUGACAUCAGGAAGCCUGCAGACAGUGUUUUCUACAGUGGUCCUUUUAUCUAUGCAGACAUCUUGGACUACAAGAACUUACGCGAGAUAGUGGUGAAUAAUCGGAUCACUUGGCUCUUCCACUACAGUGCUUUGCUCAGUGCUGUUGGAGAAGCAAACGUCCCUUUGGCCAGAGCUGUAAAUAUUACUGGUUUACAUAACGUGCUGGAUAUCGCAGCGGAGCAUAGUUUGAGGCUCUUUGUUCCAAGCACUAUUGGAGCCUUUGGACCCACCUCUCCUCGAAAUCCAACUCCUGACCUCUGCAUUCAGAGACCAAGGACAAUCUAUGGAGUCUCCAAAGUUCAUGCUGAGCUCAUGGGAGAAUACUACCACUACCGCUACGGCCUCGACUUCCGCUGCCUGAGGUAUCCAGGAAUUAUCUCUGCUGACUCUCAGCCUGGUGGGGGAACAACUGAUUAUGCUGUCCAGAUUUUCCACGAUGCCAUAAAGACAGGCAAAUUCCAGUGCUACCUAAAGCCAGACACUCGUCUCCCUAUGAUGUAUAUUGAUGACUGUCUGAAAGCCACUCUAGAGGUCAUGGAGGCCCCUGCAGAGGCACUGAGCAUGAGGACCUACAACAUCAGUGCCAUGAGCUUCACUCCUGAAGAGCUGGCGCAGGAGGUGCAGAAGCAUAUUCCUGAGCUGGAGGUGACCUACAAUGUGGAUAAAAUCAGGCAGGCCAUAGCUGACAGCUGGCCGAUGAACUUUGAUGACAGCAACGCCCGUAGGGACUGGGGUUGGAAACACGAUUAUGAUCUCCCUGAGUUGGUGACUACAAUGUUUAGCUUCCUGGGCUCUGACUCCAGGAUUGCUCAAGCUAACUGAAAUAACUUUGUAAGAUGUUUCCAGAUUUCCACAGAGGACCAGGAAGAAAUGGCUGAAUUAGUUUAUCCUUUUCUGAGGCUUAGAGCAUGUCACUUAUUAGAGGUUUUCUUGCUGAGUAGCAGUAGAGCUGGGCAGAAACAUGCUGCAGCUGGAAUGUACUGUUAGAUCACCAACAUCAUUUGGUGCAGUCUCCAAGCACAGCACUGAUGACAAACAUCAAAGAUUCUUGGACUUUCA